AUGCAGCGCAGCAACGAAGAUAGCGAUUUUUCACCAGAUUUCAUCAUGUCUACAGGUUGGGACCAAGUAAAAUUCAGUUUGACUCCCAGAUCCAAGGGGUGCUACUUGAUCACAGACGAGGUGAUUCAGAAGGUUCCUCAGAUCAAAGAUUAUGAAAUAGGUCAAUUGAACUUGUUCUUGCAACACACUAGUGCUGGUUUGACAUUGAACGAAAAUUGUGAUCCCGAUGUAAGAGAGGAUAUGGAUAAAGCGUUGGACAGAGUGGCUCCAGAGGGCGACUUCUACAUUCACGCAGACGAAGGUAGCGACGAUAUGCCGGGUCACAUCAAAUCUACUCUCACUUCGGUCAGCCUUACGGUUCCAAUCUCCAAUGGAAGAUUGGCCGUGGGAACAUGGCAAGGAAUUUACUUGAUGGAGUUUAGAAGAUACCAUCACACUAGGAAGAUCGUUGCUACGAUCAAUGGUUUGAAGCGUAAGUAA